AUGACGCAUUUGCUGCAGCUAGCAGCAGCAGCAGGUGCAGCAGCAGCGGCAGCAGCAGCAGCAGCAGCAGCAGUUAGAGCUUCUGAUGGAGCAGCAGCCGCUGCCGCAUUUGCUGCGGACGUGGAAGCAGCAGAAAGAGAGAAAGAAGAGGACUGGAGCGGGGCUUGGGGGGUUUGUGCUGCAGCGCGUCUGCUGCUCGCCUCCCUCUGGUCUCUCGGGGGCCCCCUGGCCAUAUCUGUUGCUGCUGUGGGGCCCCUCGAUCGGCUGCGCAUACUGCAGCAAACCAGCUGCGCAAUCGAGCAGCAGCAGCAGCAGCAACAGCAGCAGCAGCAACAGCAGCAGCAGCAGCAGCAGCAGCAAAGAGCAGCAAGGGGUCUAAGGUGUUCCUGGGUGGGCGCUGGCAUUGGGGCUUUCAGUUCUCUUUCUGCAUGCGCCAUCAGCCUUGCCAUCAACCUCGCCGUCAGGGGACCUGACGCGGGAGAUGGCGGCCGCCGCAUAUUUCAGGAGGGCCUUUACUUAUCCCUCAAUUGCCUCUUCGCCUCUUUUCUCUGUUACCCUCUGGAGGUCUCCAGAACUCUUUUGACAGCAGGGCUGCUGGGCUUGUAUCGGGGCUUUGCCUACAGCUGCCUGUCUGCUGUUCCUUUUUCCUUUUUUGCUGCUGCUUUUCAUUUUGUGUCUUUUCCCCUUUUUGCUUCUUUUGGAAAUAUAAUUAAAAGUAUAAAUGACAAAAAAGAAGAACAGCAGCAGUCAGCAGCAGCAGAAACAGAUGCUGCUGCUGCUGCUGCUGCUGCUCAAGGCGGCGAUCCGGCUGACGCUGCUGCAGAGCCUGCUGCUGCUGCAGAGCCUGCUGCUGCUGCUGCUGCUGCUGGUUGUGAGGGCGAGUCUGCUGCUGCUACAGAUCUUGAUGCUUCAUUUUCCUCUUUUUCAAACGACAAAGAAGCAGCAACAGACCCCAAAAUCAGCAGCAGCAGCAGCAGCAGCAGCAGCAAAUGCUCGUUUGCUGCUGCUGGGCUUUCCGCCUACUUCGCCUCGCGAGCAGCGCAGCUUUGCGUAUACCCACUCGAGACUGUCAGGCGGAGGAAGCAAGUGUCUCUUUUGCCUGCUCUACUAAGUGGCCCUUCUCUUGUUGGCUCCAGCAGCAGCAUCAGCAGCAGCAGCAGCAGCAGCAGCAACAGCAACAGCAGCAGCAACCGAGUCUUGUUUGUGGGCAAGCUGAGACGUCGCCUGCAGCAAGUGUUGCAGCAGCAGCAGCAGCAGCAGCAGCAGCAGCAGCUGGUGCUGCUGCAGCGGAUGCUGGUGCGGCUGGUGCUGCUGCAGCUGGUGCUGCCGCAGCAGCUGAUGCUGCAGCUGGUGAAGCUGCAGCAGCUAAUGCUGCAGCCGGUGCUGCUGCAUUUGGUGCUGCUGCAGCUGGAGCCGCUGCAGCUACCGCUGCUGCUGCAGCUUGAACAGUGCCAGCAGUAG